AUGCAUCCAUCUCAAGAAGUGUUAUACUUUUCUACUGCAAGAGAGAUUUGGAAAGACCUAGAAGAAAGAUAUGAUCAAAGUUCAGGACCACAACUUUUCACCCUUCAACAGAGUUUGGCUGAAUUAUAUCAGACCUCUUCAAUGUCUGUUGCAGAAUUUUUCACAAAAAUGAAGGCUUUGUGGGAUCAAAUUAAUGGAAAUAAUCCUAUUCCAGUAUGCAGCCGCAACAAAUGCUCUUGCGAUCUAACUCAGAAAUUUUUAAAGGCCCAAGAAGAUGAAAGAAUUGUGUACUUCUUAAUGAAAUUAAAUCCAAAAUUUGCCAAUGUCAGAACCAAUAUUUUAAUGAUGCAACCAUUACCUAACAUUGCUCUGGCCUACAGAUUGAUCAUUCAUGAAGAAAAGCAACAAAGUAUAACAGAAAUCUCUUCACAAAAUGAUCAACCAAUGGCAUUUGCAGGAAAUUUCAAUAGAAGACCAGAAUUCAAGAAAACAUAUAUUCAACAGAAUACUUCUCAAUCUCAUAACAAUCUUGAGAAUGUUCCAAGAUCUUAUCAAGGAGGUAUCACUCAAAGAAAGCCUAAUGGAUUCAUGAACGGUGCUAUGCAAUGCACAUACUGUCAUAAAAGAGGUCAUAAUAAAGAAAACUGCUGGGAGUUGAAAGAAUUUCCACCUGGACAUCCAAAGUACAAAGGCAAGAAAGCAGCACAUGUAGCACUUAUUGAUGAUACAGAAAAUGAUGAAGUCACUAUCUCAAAUAAUCAAUAUCAACAAUACAUACAAUGGCUAAAUAAACAGCAAAAGGAUAGCAAGACAGAGUACUUGCUUAUUUUCAUCUUCUAA